GAGAAGUUAUCAGAGCUUCACACACCUGCUGAGAACAUGAAGAUGAGUCAUGUGUUUCUGGUCCUGGGCUUCGUCCUGAUCUUGACGCUCUACUCAGACGCUCAGCCUUUAACUAUGGAAACUUUCUCACACCCUGAGCCCUGCUGUUUCAACUUCUUCACUGAAAAAAUUAAUCACAAAAACAUCCUGAACGUUAAAAUGACAGGAUCACACUGUCCACAGCAAGGCUACAUUAUCGCCACUCCUAAGCACUCCAGUCUGUGUGUUCGUGAAAUCACCGUCAAUGGACAAGAUUAAUCUUAAUGCUGCAACUGAAAUGCAAUACACACACACACACACACACACUUACCUGCUUCAGAAAGAUUAAGCUUUAUUUAUUCAGCAUUUUUACAAUGCUUAAUAAUGUUAUUGUUGCUUAAUGCA